UGACACUUGAGUCGCCACAUCUUGAACAUUAACGAAAUUUAUACGCAGGUGGGACUGCGAGUUGCAAAGUGCGAGAAUUUGAAAACAUUUUCACGUUUGUAAUUCUCUGAUUUUUGCUUUUCAAUUCAAGUUACAAUCAUGAAAAUCGCAGUGUUUGUGCUACUUUCUUGUCUGGUGGCGGUAAUAUCGGCUAGACCCGAUAAGUAUACCACGAAAUGGGAUAAUAUUGACGUGGAUCAAAUUCUAAACAAUGACCGAAUCCUGAAUAAUUACGUCAACUGCUUAUUGGAGGAGGGAAAUUGUACUGCUGAGGGAAGAGAACUUAAAAGUGUUCUCCCUGACGCUUUGGAAACCGAAUGCGAAAAAUGCAGUCGAAAACAAAGGGAUGGUUCCAAAAAAAUAAUCAAAUUUUUAGUACAAAACAAGCAGGAUCUGUGGGAGAAACUGAUGGACAAAUACGAUGAAGAGAAGAAGUACCGUGGAAAGUACGAGGAUCAGGCGAGAGCCGAGGGGAUAGAGAUCCAGAGCUAAAACUAACCAAUCUCAAUGAUUACUCUCUAAUACCUUUUACUUAUCAUAAAACUGCUGUCCAGAAUUAAAUAAUUAAGUAGAUGAAGAAAUAAAUUUACAUCUCAGGCA